AUGAGGCAGCGUUUGCAGAUAAAGGAUAACUACAGCCCUGAUGCGGCUGAUCCUGACACUGAAAUGGCUGUGGAUCCCCGGAUGGAUCCCAAGGCCCAACUCCCCGAACCACUCAGGGUCCUGUGGACAGCCCACCUAGCUGCAAUGGCUGCAGGCUCCCGGACCUCCCAGAUCCUGGCUUUUGCCCUGCUCUGCCUGCCAUGGCUUCAAGAGGCCGGUGCCGUCCAAUCCGUUCCCUUACCCAGGUUUUUUGACAACGCUAUGCUCCACGCCCAUCGCCUGCACCAGCUGGCCUUUGACACCUACCAGAAGUUUGAAGAAGCCUAUAUCCCAAAGGAACAGAAGUAUUCAUUCCUGCAGAACCCCCAGACCUCCCUCUGUUCCUCAGAGUCUAUUCCGACACCCUCCAACAUGGAGGAAAGGCAGCAGAAAUCCAACCUAGAGCUGCUCCGCAUCUCCCUGCUGCUCAUCCAGUCCUGGCUGGAGCCCGUGCAGUCCAAGGAGCUGGGGCAAUACCUUGAGUCUGGGUUCUUCCUCCCCAGGGACCUGGGGGAGCCCCCACCCCCACCCCAAGGCUCAGGGAAAGGGGAGAGCAAAGUUUUCCACCAUGGCGUGCUGCCAGAGGGCACCCACCUGACCCUUAAAGAGAGGACAGGUUGA